AUGCAUGAAAUUAUUACCCUUCAGUUAGGGCAAAAGAGUAAUUAUCUUGCUACCCAUUUCUGGAAUACUCAGGAAUCAUACUUUACAUAUUCGGCGGAUCAAGAAUCUUUAGUUGAUCAUGAUAUUCAUUUUAGACCUGGUAUUGGAGCUGAUGGUACUGAGACCUUUACUCCAAGAACUUUAAUUUAUGAUCUGAAAGGAGGGUUUGGUUCUCUGAGAAAGAUUAAUGCUUUAUAUCAAAUAGAUGAGCCAGUUAUUACUGAUGGAUUAUGGAACGGCCCAGCUGCAGUUCAACGGCAAGCAGCUAUUCAACAAAGUCCAUACCAACAAAGUUUGGAAGAAGGUCUCGAGCCACCAAAGCUCACCUCGGAAUCAGUGCGAUAUUGGUCUGACUUCAAUCGCGUAUAUUAUCAUCCAAAAUCGAUAGUUCAACUUAACGAGUAUGAAUUAAAUUCUUCACUAAUGCCUUUUGAAAAUUGGGAUGCUGGUGAAGAAUUAUUUAGCUCUUUGGAUAAAGAGCAUGAUCUAUUGGAUCGUGAUCUUCGGCCUUUCGCUGAAGAAGCUGAUCAUAUGCAAGGCAUACAAAUAAUGGGAGGUAUUGAUGAUGCUUGGGGUGGAUUUGCUGCUCGAUAUAUGGAUCGGUUGAGAGAUGAGUAUGGUAAGACCACUGUAUGGUUUUGGGGAUUGGAGGAUAACAUCAAAGGAAUAUCUCGAGAAAAACGCUUUUUGAAGUUGUCGAAUACAGCCAAAUCAGUGUCAGAAAUCAUCCCACAAACAUCACUUUUCAUUCCAAUGACCCUGCCAUCAACACGUUUGCCCAGGUUACAUCAAAUUGGACGCAAGUUCCCCAUGAGAAGUUUCUGGCUUAUUUUCUUCCGCUAUGGAAAGCGUGACACUUCCUUCGAGAUUAAAGCCGCAAAAUGGUACAAGGCAAACAUUGGACCACUUAGCAAGCACAUUAAAUGUCAAUGGAAGGCAGAAUAUUGCGAAAUUACGGAUGACUAUGAAGCAAAAGUCCGAGACAGGGAGCAAAUUCGCGGUCCUCGGAAGUCCGGGAAGGUCCAUGUGUUUGGUCAAGUUGAGAAUUAUAGAGGAGAUGAAGAAUACGAUGAAGAAAACAACAGAAAUGACGAAGGCCGUGAUCGGGCUCGCAGAAUUGCUGCUAGCCUUCCGUUGCUUUCAAGAACAUAUACACCAUUAUCGUUUCCCCUUCUCGAUAGCUUUCCAGGUAUUUUCGCUCAUGAAGAUGAGCAUAUCACGAAUUUAUCAAUCAGUACAUCUCUUUCUACGGAUACGUCUGUGGCUAUAAGAAUUAAAAGCCUUCAGCAGAUAGUAAACAGAGCUAUUGGAAUGGAUGAGCGAGAAGCACUCAGUAAUUCGCUGGGCGAAAUUGCCGAAUCAUAUGAAGAAGGUUGGGAAAGUGAUACCGACGACGAUGAUGAUUAG